AACAAAACAUAGUAUAAAGCUUUUUUAAUCCACUACAACUACAUUUUUUUUACAUUUCACACCUACACCCAAAGACGCUCCUUACAUAAACUCCCACCAUGGAUCAAUUUUAUAUUAAUAACUAUAUAAAAUUUGUAUGGAUAAUAUUAUGCCAUCGCAAGUCUACAGCAAAUACCGAAUUCAAUAGUUUCAAAUCCUUUCAAGCAUUCAACAACAAGUAUGGGAAAUUUAUUCAACAACUUAUUAUUAAUUCACAAUUAAGUUCCACUAACUUAAUGAUCAGUUUGUAUUACUUAUACAAGUACUAUCACCAUAACCACAUUUUAGACUUUCAAUUUGAUGAAGAUGUUGAAGAAUCAAGCAUGAUUGUCUAUUUAGUUAUCACAUCGUUGAUAUUAUCCAAUAAAUCAUUUGACGACCAAUCAUACACUUUAAAGACUUGGUUAAUUAUUAUUAAUAACACUAAGAACCACGUGAUCAAGGUUGAUUUAAAGUUAUUGAAUUAUUUAGAAGGGUAUUUCUUGUGUUGUUUAGAUUUUAAGUUGUCUUUUGUCGAUAUGCAUAACGAUGAUCAAUUUUGGAAGGUAUUUACCAGCAGUGCUACCAUUUUUAAGGUUAACAACACCAUUAUUGGAAAGUUUAAAUCAUUAGUUGAAGUUUCAACUACCGAACCAACCGCAAGUUGUUCAUGUGAUGAAUCGGUUAUCAGCAGCACGUUUUCAUCUCCAUUAUUAUCUUCUAUCAUGUCUCCAUCUACAACUAUAAACUAUUCUUCACCAUUAUCUUACACACCAUUGACGCCAUUGACACCAUACGAAUAUACUGGCAAGAGAAGAAAGUUGUUACCUAACGUUCACCAAAAGCAGCCAAUAGCACUUCCAUCUUCUUCAACUAUGUUGCCAGUACCAAGCUCUUUACAAUUUCCUACAGUAAUGAUGGCUCCUAUGUCUACAUUACCACCACCAGUGAUGAUGCCAAUGAUGGUACCUUCGUUACCUUCCCAAGCUAUGAUUGCUCCAGCUUUACCCUCACAAAAUGUUCAAUCGUCAUAUUACACCAAUACUCCAAUGUAUUGGUAAUCUUGCAUCUCUACAGCAUAUAUAUAUAUAGUUAGUUUGUCUUUCGGAAAAGGGUUUUUUUCAGGUUAAAUAUUUAAUUUUAUAAUGGGUUUAAUAAAGGUUUCUAAUACUUU